GCGAAACGGCUGGCUGGUUGGUGUUGGGAGAUUGCUGGGAGAUGUAGCUGCAGUUGCCAAUGGCGAGAAUUGGCUUUCGGCCUGAAAAGAAAAGCCUUUGUUUGACAUUGGAAUCAAACAUUGCAAAUGCCCUGUCCUCGCUGCAGUCCUUCGAUUGAAUUGAAUUGCCGCAACCUAGAACUUGCUCGUAGUUCUAGGUCAGCCAAUUGAGUUGGUUCAAUUUGUUGUGAUCUCUCAGCAGGUCGUACUUUGCGGCAAAUGUUACACAACAAUACCAAAAGUGCUCACCAAAUAUUUUAUAUAAGUUUUAAUUUGACAUCAUUUUUGUUGUGCGCUUCGGAUACUAAUUGUCGGUGCCGUUCGAGUUUGAAUAUUUAGCCCUUCGCACAGACUGUGUUGUUUUUUCUUCAUGAAAUUCAGAUGUAGUUUUUCAAAAUUUUGUACCCAGAUUUCUAAAAUAAUUUUAACUUAAAAAAACCUCUCGAGCGAUCUUCAGGAAUGAACACAGACUAUAGUUUGUGAUUGUAGUCAAUAAUCAGGGUUUUUUUUUGUUAUAUUUGCCGCUCGAUGCCAUAGCUUCAGGAAGUCAAUUCAUAUUGCGAAGUUUUUCAACCUUUUUUCCUCCCAUCGAGCCUUACACUAAAUUUCGGACAAGAAAAGUCAUGACAAUUGUGUGGCAAGCUACUGUUUGGUCCAGGCGCUGAUCGAUUUGUCUACUUGCAGGCGACAGGAAUCAAUGUACCAGAUGACAGGCCUCUAUUCGGAGACGAACAGCGGCGACGACAGCAGCAUAGAUGCCACCCAGGACAACUCACAUGUGGGUGAGCUGUCCAAGCCGGCGACGCUGGCCACGACAUCGGCGGUCGCUAUGGAUAAUGCCGUCCUCAAAUGCCACAGUCGACAGCCAUCUGCCGCGGCAGCAGCGGCUGCAGCUGCAGCAGCAACUGGCAAGUGCGCCAAUGGCGAUCAUCAGCGAGACGACGAUGAGGAUGAGGAGCAAUUCCGGACGCGCGAUUGUGGCAUAUUGAAUUGUCGGCCGUAUGGCAUUCAAAGAUUCGCUAGAAUCAAGAUAUUCGUGCUGCUGCUGUCGUUGCUGGUGAUGAUGCAGCAGGCGCUGAGCUCUGGAUACAUCAACUCCGUGAUUACAACCAUUGAGAAACGCUUCGAGAUACCCUCCAGCUAUUCGGGUCUCAUUGCCUCUAGCUAUGAGAUCGGCAAUGUGAUAACCGUCAUCUUCGUCAGCUACUUGGGCAGCCGUCGACAUAUACCAGUCUGGAUUGGCAUCGGUGCCGUGAUCAUGGGCAUCGGUUCGCUGGUGUUCAUGGUGCCGCAUUUUACAGGCGAGCCUAAUCCGGGCAUUGCGAUCAAGAACAAGAGCAGUGACAACAUUUGCCGCAGCGCUCUAGUACGGGAUCAAGACAUGGACCUGGGUAGACUUUCCAGUGGUCUCUCCAAUCAGCCGCUUGCUCCACACACACUUCGCGAGGACAACUGCCUGGAAGGUAAAGCUUCCACGACAGGACCCGUGCUGCUCUUUGUACUCGCCCAACUGUUGCUCGGCUGCGGAGGCAGUCCGCUCUUCACGCUGGGCACCACUUAUGUGGAUGAUCAUGUGCGAACCGAAAGCUCCUCGAUGUAUAUCGGCUGUAUGUACAGCAUGGCAGCCUUUGGACCAGUCGUUGGCUUUCUGCUUGGCGCCUAUUUGCUCUCCUUUCACAUGGACUCACUCUCAUCCAUCAUCAUAUCCAUAACGCCUGGUGACCGUCGCUGGGUUGGCAUGUGGUGGGGUGGCUUUCUGCUCUGCGGCGUCAUUCUGCUUGUGGUGGCUGUGCCGUUCUUCUCCUUUCCCAAGGUGCUGACGCGCGAGAAGAAAAAGAUACGUAAGAGCAGCGUUGUGCAGCUGACAUUGCCGAACAAUUCGGGCGCUGCUGCCACGGAUGAGUUGGGCAAGGUAAAGAAGGAGAUUGUUGCUGUAACGAGCAAGGAGGAGGAGGCAGUUACGCCACCCAAGGUGGAUACCGGCUAUGGCAAGGACAUCAAGGAUAUACCGCAGUCCAUGUUACGCCUGGUCAAGAAUCCCGUCUAUAUAGUUACCUGCCUCGGAGCUUGCAUGGAACUCAUGAUUGUCUCUGGCUUUGUCGUAUUUCUGCCGAAAUAUCUGGAGACACAGUUCAGUCUGGGCAAAAGCCAAGCAAACAUAUUCACCGGCUCGAUCGCAGUGCCUGGCGCCUGCAUUGGCAUCUUCAUCGGUGGCUGCGUGCUGAAGCGCUUUCAGCUCAAGCCGAAGGGCGCCGUACAAUUCGUGCUCAUUACAAACGUUAUCUGCCUGGCCUGCUAUGCGAUGCUGUUCUUCUUGGGCUGCGACAACCUGAAAAUGGCCGGCACCACGAUACCCUAUUACACUAAACACGGCUCGACGCUAGACCAACCGUUCCAGGUCAAUCUGACGGCCGCAUGCAAUUUGGGCUGCGAGUGUCUGACCAGUGAAGUGGAACCUGUUUGCGGAAACAAUGGCCUGACCUACUUUAGCCCCUGUCACGCCGGUUGCACUGCCUUCUCGUCCAGCUCCAACUACACUAACUGUGCCUGUGUUCACGCGAACAUUUCGAGCAACAUUUAUCGGGGCGCCGGCGGUAGCCAGGCUCAGGCAUUGAGUGCCAACGAGGACUUCGCUGAGGUCACAGUCGUGCCGGUGGCCACUGCUGGACCAUGUGCCACGCCCUGCCGCACCAUUUACCCCUUCCUAAUACUGCUGUUCUUCAUGACUUUCAUUGUGGCAUCCACCCAGAUGCCUUUGCUAAUGAUUGUGCUGCGCUCUGUAUCCGAGGAGGAGCGCUCCUUUGCUCUGGGCAUGCAGUUCGUUAUAUUCCGGCUUUUUGGCUAUAUACCAGCGCCUAUACUCUUUGGUAAUCUCAUUGAUUCUACUUGUAUCUUGUGGAAGUCGUCGUGUGGGGAGAAGGGCGGUCGUUGUCUCAUCUACGACAUAGAGAAGUUUCGUUACAAAUACGUGGGUCUGUGUGCCUCUGUUAAGAUAGUAGCGCUGUUUAUCUUCAUUGUGGACUGGUGGCUCGUACGCAGGCGCAAGCAGCUCGAAAAAAUGAAGCCACUGAAUGCAAGCGAUCCCAUCAUCGGAUCCAUCAUCAGCUUGGAUAAACUAUUUGAGGAGAAGCUGACAGGCGGGGACACGAGCACUGCUUUUGUGGCAGGCAAUGGCGAGCUAAUUAUCCCAACAGAGAUAUUGCGGCACUCUCGCAACGACUCGCGCACCAUGCAGUUGGAAUACUGCUAUGACAAGUGUGGACAAGUGCUACCAGCAGUUAACAGCUGCCAUGUGCCGCAGACCAAAUCGAAGAAGCAUUUCCGCAGCGCUUCGUGUGAUGUGAAGAUGAUCAAGAGCUUUGCCAAAGACCACAAUGUGGCUAGCAGCGUUGCAGACGCCGCUGGCGAUAAGUUCAGGAAUCUUAAGAAGCUGCAGUCACACACACGUAAUCACUCCACUGAUCUGAAUCCUCAUGAUGUGCGUCACAAGACUUUGCGCGACGAUCCAUCGUUGCCUAUACGCUUUAUACAAAACCAGCUGCGACCACAGGACUGCGCCGAAGAGGAUGAUGAUGACGAACUAACCACAGGCUGUGGUCAUUUCGUUAAGAAGCAUUCGCGCAAUCAUAGCUAUGAUCAGAUCUACAUGCCCAACAAUAUACGCUUUGAUGCAGACUUCCUGCGCCAUCCACACUCACAUCACAGCAACCCCAAGAAGAAUGUCAAUGUGCUGAAGAACGUGGUGGCUGAUGCCAGCAAGGUGAAGAACUCCAAUGAGAUGGAGGGUAGCAGUGGCUCGCGUUGCCACUCGCGGACCAAUUCCAAGGAUCUGAACAGUCAAGUGGCCUUAGCUGAGUCAUCGUCGAGUGGUCUAAGUAUUCUGCGUCAUCGUCGCACCAACUCAAAAGACCUUAACUACAGCAUCCUGCCCUCUGGCAGCAACGUAGAAGUUCCAACGGUAGCACCGACUAAUGUCCAUGCCACAGGUGCCACACAGAACCGAGCAACACAGCAGCAACAGCAGCAGCAGCAGCAGCAACAGCAGCAGCACGCGAGAAAUACGUCGCAUCACAAAAUCCAGAUCGAUGAUGAUCGUAACGAGCUAAUUAACGAUAACGAUGAUGAGGAUGAGUCAAGUUCAAUUCGCUUGUAGUUGCGAUAGUUCAACAAGUUCCUGUGCGUGUAGUUCAGCAAUCUCAACAAAUGUCUCACAUAGCUUUAAGCUGAUUCGGCUUGGAGCACAGAGAUGCCUGUGCUAGCAUUCCAAGUGUGCCUCCAAUCUCAAGCAAGGAAUCACAAACCCUAUGGCAGACUUUAUAAUUUCCUUAAAAGCUGAAACCAGCUACUGUACUUGUACUUACAACCAAGUGUUCAAUUGUACUUUCCUUGUAGAUAACAAGAAAUAAUCUUUUAUACAAUGUUUCAAAACGGUUCACAGAAGUUCACAUUUGGAGCGUUGCAACAAUAUUUAUAAAUAGUUUAUUUAUUGUGUAAGCAUAUUGUAGAUUCGUAUUGUAGUCUUAGCUCCUUGUGAUAGGCAUAUUUUAUAUUGUAUACGUACCAUUUACAUUAUAAGAGCUAUUUGACUGUUGUUCCUCAUGAGUCGACCUAACAGUUAAUCAAUAGUUAAUCACAAUGUGAAUGAUUGAAUUAUCCCCUAUAGAAACAGUCCGCUCAGCUCUGACCAAUCGGACACAUGUCGCCAGCUGCCAAAGUUAAAAUUUAAUUUGAAUUCAUGUUAUCCGAUGAGAGCUCCCUCCCUCUAAAGAACAUACCUACUACAAUAUAAAAUUCCAGACUAUUAGAUCGAUGUAAACAGUUCACGAUUUUAUAUAUUUUAAUCCAAAAGCUUUUACACUGUGCAAAUCUCGGUUUCGAAAUGCGAAAUGCGAAAUUUUUGAUGUGCAAACAUUUUGACUGCGGCACUUUAAAGCAUAGAAAGAAAAUAAAACAAUAGAAAAUUUUGAAAAUGCAGCUGAACUAAUAUAUCAAUAUUUUAACAAUUGUCAAUGGAAAUUGUGCUGUGAAAUGAUGUGUGAGUAAUGAAAAUAAAACGUAAUAAUAAUAAAACACAAAGAAUGUUGUUGAAAAC